AUUCGUGAAACCCUAGGCUGUGGUCUGUGGAGAUAAUAAUAUGUUGGUAGAAGAUCCUGACUCCUGGUUAUGGAAGCAAAACACGCCAAUACCUUCGAACAAACAGUUGCAGCGAACGAGUAGAAGAGCAAAAACUAUAAGCGAUUGAGAUUUGGGGAAAGACUGGUUGUAGAAGCGAUGAAGGAAUGCGAGCUCUGCAACCAUCCGGCCAGGAUGUUUUGCGAUUCAGAUCAGGCGAGUUUGUGUUGGGAUUGUGAUGCGAAAGUUCACGGUGCGAAUUUCCUCGUCGCGAGACAUUCAAGGAGUCUUCUUUGCCAUGUUUGUCAAUCUCCGACGCCGUGGAAAGCUUCGGGAGCGAAGCUUGGUCCUACGGUCUCGGUUUGCGAGAAGUGUGUUAAUAGUUCCAACGGGAGGGUGGAGCGAGCUGGAGUAGUUAGAGCUGAUGAAGAAAGCGGAGGGAACGACGAUGAGAUUGAUCGAGAUGUUGAUGAUGAAGACGAUGAUGUGGAUGAUGACGACGACGAUGAUGAUGAAGACGGAGGCGAUGACGACGACGAUGACCUUGACAGCGACGGCGAGGAUGAUGACGACGGAGAGAACCAGGUGGUUCCUUGGUCGUCUACCCCUCCUCCGCCGGUCGCCAGUUCUUCUAGCAGUGAUGAGUCUUCGAGUAGUGGUGGGAGAGGUGGUGACGAGUCAGCGAUGCCUUAUUCGUUCAAACGGAUGCGUGAGAAUGCAGAUCUCUGGUAUCAAGAUGAUCUCGGCUGUUCGUCAUCCCACCUAAACAACGAUAACCUGGGGGCAGCGGCCGAUCGGAACUUGGCGGACGGCGAAGCUACGUCUUAUCGAGCUUUAUUAAUGCCUUGGAGGGAUCGAAAGAGAAACAUAGGCGAAUCGACUUCGGAGGCGCUCGCUAGCUCGCUUAAGAGAUUCCAUCGAGACAAACUUGCCAGUAAAGACAACUCCUCAGUGAUAUUUGGUUUUACUAGAGCCGUUGAUCUCGUGUCCUCAAGCGCUCAGUAGUCCUUCGAUCUAAAUUAGCUUUUUUUUUUUCGUAUUUUCUUUACUGAUUUAUUGAUCAUGUUUUCUAACACAAAUCUCGAUUAAUCACUCUUUCUAACCAUUACUAUUA